GUCCGCUCCGCCCUUUCGGUCUUUACGUGGCAGAGGACUCGCCUUUACUUUUCCCCCUUUUUUCUUUUACCAACUUCCUUUGUCGUGUUGGGGGUGAGAUAGGGCAUUGGAUGGUCUUCAGGGAUUAGAGAUUAAGAUGCAGUUUAUGUUAUUAUUCAGCCGUCAAGGCAAGCUGCGCCUUCAGAAAUGGUACGAGGCUCACCCAGACAAAUUGAAGAAGAAGAUAACAAGAGAACUCAUCUCUACCAUCCUUGCCAGAAAACCUAAGAUGUCCUCGUUCUUGGAGUGGAAGGACUUGAAAAUUGUUUAUAAGAGAUAUGCAUCCUUAUACUUUUGCUGUGCCAUAGAGCAGGAAGACAAUGAACUCUUGACUUUAGAGAUAAUUCAUCGCUAUGUUGAACUCCUUGACAAGUACUUCGGAAGUGUGUGCGAACUCGACAUCAUCUUCAACUUUGAGAAGGCGUACUUCAUGUUAGAUGAACUGAUGGUGGGAGGUGAAGUUUGUGAGACCAGUAAGAAAAAUGUGCUCAAGGCAAUUGCGGCUCAGGACCUUCUGCAGGAGGACGAGGCUGUGGAAGGGGCCCUCCGCGAGAUUGGGCUGUACUAGCUUGUCCAGAGUGAUACUCCUGCAACUUUCCCUUUUCCCUCAUCCCCAUUCAUGUGUCCACCCAUGCAACCCAUUUAAGAUAAAAAGACUCUAGUACUGAAUUUAACCACCAGUGUCAUAUGUUCAUGGUGAUGCUGAGUUUUAUUUUUCUUUCUGUCUUUCAUUUUAGUGAACAGAGGGCAGGUUGUGAAUCUUCGUGACAAAGAUGCGAAUUAGUGACUAGUAUGAGCUUUUGAUAGUGUUGAGGGUAAUGUUUUCAGUAUUGUAAAGCUUACUUAUUCACAGUAGUGGACAUUAAGUAUUUUUGUCGGAUGUCGUGAACCAUCAUUUUAGCAAAUGGGAUCAAUUUUGAAAAAGACUAUUCUUGAGAUCCACAGUAGCACUUGUGUAGAUGAUGGCCACAAUCGUUAUAUCCAUGGUCACUUUCUUCUUGUUUUGUGUAAAUGGGUGUGACUAUAUGUAAGGAUGUAAGUAUGUAUGAGUGUUGUAUGCCACUGCCCCAGAUCAUGAUAUUUAGGACUACAACUAACUGAGUCAUGUUUCAGUGUCCCAGUAUGUAUUUCAUAUAUUUUAUUUUGGUGCUAUUUUGUUGUUGUCAUGAUGUUAUAUCAUUAUCAUUAUUAAUUUGAUACCGCUAUUUUUUUUAUUAUUACCAUUUUUUUUUUUGUUUUUUGUUUAUUUUUUAAAGCUCUACAGAAAAAUGCAAUUCACCUUGUUUUGAAUUAUUUUUCUGCUAUAGGCUCAAGUCUGAUUUGGGUUUGUCUCUCAUUCUUUGGUCAGUACAAAUGGUACACAAGAUGUUCAAAGGUAUUAUUGAUUUAGUUGCCCCAUUGUUCAAAAAGAAGUUUGCCUUGUGCUUGUUUAUAGGUGUUGCUCACAUGGGUUUUGAAGUGUGGAAAAAAUCAGAUGUGAAUUGGAGUUCUGAAUUUGAAACGGUGAGAGAAAUUUAGGUACACAAAGUUUGAUUCUUUGAACAUGUUACGAAGACAGUGGUUGCAUUGUUCAUUGGCCUUGUGUAGAUUAUGGUACAUGGAAAAGGCAAGAUGAAGGGAAACAUUGUAUAAGCAUAAAUAGUGUAUAUUAUAUAUAUUAAAUCUUUUGUAGAAAAAUUUAAAAACUUUUUAGUGCAAUAGAAGAAUAUAGAGGAAGGUUAUUGGUUAAAUCAUAGAUCAAAGGGUAUUGUUCUCCAGUUAGUUUCUUUAGAGAUGUUCAAAAAGGCAAGUUAAAUUAUAUCCAAAGAUAAAUAAUACAGAAGGUGCACAGGGAACAGAUAUAAUAUGCAUAUUACUUUAAUAUAAGGCUAAGCACACUAACACCAAUCUUGUAACAUAUAGGAUGUAAAUUUGUAAGGAUAAGGGCAGCUCCUCUGAGAUGCAGCAGUUAUCCUCUGUUUUAGCAAAGGCUAGGGAGAGGUGACUUGGCUAUUUCAUAGAACAGUGGAAACACCAACGAGGGUAUAAGCCUCUAGGCUAAUGAUUAUAGAUGCUUGUUUCGUAGCUUACUUGGCAUUCUUAUUUUGAUUGUAACAAUCAUUAUUUAUCAUUAUUGUUAUUAUUUUUGAGAUAUUGGUAUUAUUAUUUUUCAAUUUCUUUAGGGGUAAUCAUGUUUUUGUCCCCUGUUUCAGAAAUAGGUUGUAUAUACAUUAUAUGUUGCUUAAACCAUUUGCUCUUGCAGUGAAAACUACAUUUCAGAUCAUAUUAUCUUGAGAUAGUUUACAGUAUUAUUAUUUUUUAUUUGAGUUUGAAUAUCCUGAAUAAGAGAAAAUCAUAGAGGAUGCUCAUAUAGUAUAUAAACAUACUAUUGUACCCUUAAAAACAGAAGUUAAUGAUGUGUUUUUGUGUGUUUCUCACUGUGAUAGUGAAUGGGUUAAACUUGUAGUAUUUUAUGUGGUAUUUGUUACUUUAGUUGUAUUUUUGUCUUGUGUCAAUGAUAGCUAAUUUCUGGGCAUUCUUCAACCAGGUACUGCUGAUGUGCAUUUUAUUUAUAAAUAGAUAUAAUUUUUUUAUUUCCAGUACUGGAAAUAGAAAGAUUGAUUUAUGUUCUGUGACUGUAGAGUUAAUUGCAGUGCUUCCUGUACAUUUUCACACUUAUUAAGAUAUUGAAAAAUGUAUUUAGCCAUAGGAAUAUACAAUACACUAUUGGCAAAGGAUAAUUUUUGAUAAUGAUUCAUUACUAACAUAAUUUCAGUACCUUUGGGGGUAAAGCAUCCACUGUACAUUGCAGUGCACUGUGGAUAGGAACUUGUUUAUUUAUUUCUGAGUUAUCAAGCUACGGAAGCAAGAGGCAUCAUCAGCAGUGUCUGGGGUAAAGGUACUCUGCAGGGACAUUUCUUCUUCACAAUUUUUAAGAUUAUGUCACUUGAACUUUACUCAUGCUGUCCUGUUUCUAUGAUAGAUUCUUAUAUGUUUGUCUUUAGCCUAACAAAGCCACAAUUUACAAAUGUAAGUAUUCAUUGUUUUUGUUUUAGUCGUCUUCAGACUAUGCUAUUAUUAUUUUCAUUAUGUUUGUACACUUAUUUAUUGUAGACUUUUGUGUACAUAUUUGGAUGUGGAUGUUGGUUUUCAGAGAAGUUGGUGGACAGUGUCAUAGUACAUAGUUCAUGCAAAUGCUUUAUUAAUCUGGUGCUUCUGAGUCUGGUUCUUAAUAGUAGUGGAUUGCCAUCUUUGAAAAUAUAUGAUAUUUGGUUUCAAGAGAUCUGAAGAGCAUUGCUUUAUCAGACUAUGUAGGCAGAAUUCAUGACACUUGCCAGGCUUUCGGCAGAUGACAUUUUACACUUGCUUCAUGAUUGCCAAGUUCUAUUCCAGUUGAGGCUUGACAAAUAUGAUAGAUAGCUAGAACAUACAUAUAUGGGUGUUUGUGCGUUUGUGUAUUUCUACACACACACACACACACACACACACACACACACACACACACACACACACACACACACACACACACACACACACACACACACACA